AUGGGAGCUGAAAAGAGGUCCAAAAACUCCAUCAGACGUCAGAAAAGCAAGCUUAGGAAGUUACAGAAUCUGAAAGAUAAAGUAGACAAUAGAGAUAAAGCUGAUGCAACCAACUUGAGUAACAAGACUAAGACUACGAAAAAACCAGUGUUUAACAAUUCUAUCAAACAAAAUAAUGUUGAGUUCGAAGAUGAUGACCUUGUAGCUGAAUAUCAAUCUGUUUUCCUAAAGUUCCAAAGAACGGAUAAUGAUAGGAUAGAGAGUAACACUUCGUCUAAUAGUGUUAGCGAUCUGAAGGAAGAAAAUGAAAGGUGGCGUGAAGUUAGUUCCGAGGAUGAUACAAGCGAUGAAAGUAGUGACGAAAGUGUUAAGUUAUCUAGACGACAGCAGAGAAUUCGAAACAAGGUGCCAGUAUCUCUUUUGAAGGCUUCUACUUCUCGACCUGGAGUUGUCGAAAUGAGUGAUAUUGAUGCACUGGACCCUUUUCUCUUGGUCACAAUAAAGUCGAUGCCAAAUGUAGUACAGGUUCCAAAUCAUUGGUCUUCUAAAAGAGAGUAUUUAUCUUCAAGGAAAGGUGUGGAGAGACCUCCUUUCGAAUUACCAAAGUAUAUCCAAGAUACAGGUAUUCAGGAUAUGAGAGGAACUGAUGAUAGAUCUUUAAAACAGCUGCAAAGAGAUAGAGUGCAGCCAAAAAUGGGUAAGCUUGACAUAGAUUAUGAAAAACUUAAUGACGCAUUCUUCAAGUUCCAAACUAAGCCCAGAUUAUUUGCAUUUGGUGAUGUUUACAGCGAGGGAAGGGAAGUAUCUGACGAGUAUAUAGAUGAAAUCGCAAAACUAAAACCAGGGAUGGUUUCAAGUAGACUCAGAAGCGCUUUAGGUCUUCCUGAAGCUGACUUCAGUAUACCUCCACCAUGGCUUGCCGUAUUCAGAGAAAUUGGGCGACCACCUGCUUAUGAUUCUCUCACGAUCCCUGGCUUAGAUAUCCCAUAUAAUAAUGAUGGUUACAAAUCUCUGACAGGAGGGCAAAAGAACAUCGAAGUUGAUAUAUCGACACAUUGGGGUAAACCCCAAGCUUAUUUGGAAAGUUCUGAUGAGAGUGAGAGCGAGAGUGAGAGUGAGAGAGAGCAUGAAAAUGUUGAUGAAUCAAAUCUAAAUUUAACUAGUAACGAAACAGGAAACGAGUCUCAAAAUUAUCGAGAGGAAGAACCUCAAAAAGUUGAACUAAGCGAGUUGAUGAGUCAUUCGAAACCUUUGGGUGCAACCCUUUCUACUGGCGCUGAAAAUGAAACUGGCUCGUUAUACACUGUCCUCGAAGAGACACUGGCGAAACCAAAUAAUAGUAUACUAAGCAAUGAGCAUGCCUAUGAUAUUCAGAAUGUGGAAGUUGAAGAGAUAAAAUCACAAAUUGGAGGUUCGCCCAGAAGUGCAACACAUCCUCAUGAAAAAAGUUUCAAGUUUUAG